ACUAUACAUACCCUUUACUUGUACAACACUAAUUAUGAUUUCUCAUUCCCUACGGAUUCGCGACCUGAAUAUCACGCAUGACCUUUAUAGUUCUGGAAAGUGAGACAUCAAGCUCGUCCCUGAACUCAAGUCACGUAGUAUCUCCGUUGUGCAUGUGCCAGCUACGUUUGGCCAAAAAUCAUUUAUCGAUCCAGGCUCGAUCGCGGACCGGCGGCAACACGACGGUGGCAACUUGAACAUGACAUCGGUUCUUGUGAUGCCUUGCAUUCCUGCUUUCUUCCACCAGGACUUCGACGUUCUCCUCAUUCUUUGGGGGACAAGCAGCUAUUAUAGCCACAAUUUGCUUUAAGUCAGAGCCAUUACACUUAGAAGCGUUACGCGAGGAGGACGUUGUACUCCGUUGGCGGUCCGCCCAGGCAUGGCGAGCCAUGAUACGAUAUCGGAGAAGCGAUUCUCCAGUUAUAAUCAAGGGUCAUAUGCCAACAUGCAUCACAAUGCAGACGACUUCGCACGUGAAGAGCAUAAAGGCCUUGAAGGAUAUUUCCCGGAGCAUUCCUCGAAUUCUCGUACCUCCCUCAUUACCAGUGUCAAGAUGAUCUGGCUUCAGUAUCGCGCUUGGACUUUACCCGUAGUGCUUUCACUCUUCCUUGUGUUAUGGAGCUGGCCUGUGACGUCUUCGACGGUGGCAGACGAUGCUACGCUUGCUUCUCCGUCUGAAAGCUUUGUUCUUGCUGCUGCGGAACCUCCUCGCAAUUCUACCGGUCUGACAGAUGCUGUACAAUGGGACAAUUAUACUCUGUUUAUUAAUGACCAAAGGGUCUUCAUAUACUCUGGAGAAUUCCACACCUUCCGCCUUCCUGUGCCCGACCUAUGGCUGGAUAUCUUCCAGAAGAUGGUUGCCGCCGGUCUUAAUGCAGCUAGUAUCUAUAUUCACUGGGGGUUGACGAACCCUGCACCUGGUGUUAUCGACUUCGACGACUGGCGUGCCCUUCAGCCGAUUUUUGACGCUGCUAAAUUGGCUGGUAUCUUCAUCGUUCUUCGUCCAGGACCAUACAUCAAUGCAGAGACUACAGCUGGUGGUAUCGCCCAUUGGGCAACGAGUCUUGUUGCUUCUGAGCUCCGGACGAACGCAACUGAUUUCAAGGAAGCAUGGACGCCAUAUGUCGAAGGUAUCGCUGCUGCUGUGAAACCGAACCAAGUCUCCAGCGGCGGCCCAAUCAUUGCUGUGCAGAUCGGUGAAGGAUACAUUUUAUUACAGUUCUCGCAUAUUGCACGUACUCAAUAUGAUGGUAUAACAGAUAACGAAUAUUCUCAAACACCGAUUCAACGUGCGGAGUACUUCGCUCAAUUGGAGCGGUCAUUUCUGGAUAACGGAGUCGUCGUUCCUUUGACUUACAACGAUCCAAACGAAGGCAGAAACUUCAUAAACGGUACUGGUGCUGUUGAUAUAUACGGCCUAGACUCGUAUCCUCAAGGCUUUGACUGUUCUCAUCCUCGUGACUGGAGGCCUGUCGUACUCAACUAUCAUCAAUAUCAUGAACAAGUGAACCCUAGCCAGCCUUGGUACAUUCCUGAGUUCCAAGGGGGUUCAUUUGACCCUUGGGGAGGACCCGGCUAUGAUGCGUGUGAGCUGCUCACAGGUCCUGACUUCCAGGAUGUAUUUUACAAGCAGAAUUGGGCUUCGAAUGCAAAGCUCAUCUCGUACUACAUGCUUUACGGCGGAACAAGCUGGGGAGGAAUACCAUUCCCGGGUGUUUAUACCAGCUAUGACUAUGGUUCAGCAAUCCGCGAGUCUCGUGCGCUAUCACCCAAGUUUGAUGAGCUGAAGCGUCAAGCACUCUUCAUCCGUUCUUCUCCCGAGUUCCGCAAAACUGACUGGAUUGGCGACACGAGUACCGGCAUCCCUGGUGUCACUUUGAAUGGCUCCGCAGCAUUCGUCACACUGCUCAAGAACCCUGAUACUGGAAGUGGAUUCUUUAUCGUCAGACAGAACAACUCAACUUCGACUGCACUUACUAACUUCUCGCUGACGGUGCCAACCUCAGUUGGAACGCUGACGAUCCCUCAAACAUUCAACUCUGUUGCCCUGAAUGGUCGACAAAGCAAGGUCAUCUUGACCGACUAUACCUUUGGAAGCAAGUCACACGUCCUUUACUCUACCGCUAGCGUUUUCUUCGCUGGUACCAUUGGUGGUCGGGACGUGCUCUUCCUCUUCGGUGACUCGGAUCAAAGCCACGAAUUCUCCUUCACACCUUCUGGCAAACCUACAAUACGGCCUACCGAAUCAAACGUGAAGCUCUCAAAAGACGGCUCUAGCACCCUGGUCUCUGUCUUGCCUGGCAGCACGGGACUAGUCACAGUCUGGGAGAGUGACGCUCAGCUUGUCCUCUUCAGUGAUCCUGUCACUGCUGCGACGUUUUGGGCGCCUGUCAUCCCUUCUACUGACAACUCAACUCCAUUAAAGAAUUUCUGGCAAUUCGGCUCCAAUACUACUGUGCUUGUCGGCGGCCCAUACCUCGUUCGCAAUGCAACCAUUACCCGUUCUGGAGAACUGGCUCUGCGUGGCGACCUGAACGAUAGCGCGAUACUCACCGUCAUCGCUCCUCCAAGUGUCAAGUCAGUAUCGUGGAAUGGUGUCCGUGUACCAACGGAUUUCACUGGUAAUUCAGGUUCACGUGCUAUCCGUACUGGUCAUCUGUCUCUUAGUAGUGACAUCGAAUCGAUCACUCCACCAACGUUGACGGAUUGGAAGUUCGCUGACAGUUUGCCGGAGAUAAAACCAGGAUUCUCAGAUGCGGAUUGGAUCGUGGCGAACCAUACAACGACGAAUAUCACUACGAAGCCGAUCUUUGGCGACGGCAGAAUUCUCUAUGGUUGCGACUAUGGCUUCUGUGAGAACAUUGUUCUGUGGAGAGGCCACUUCAAUGCUACCGGGUCCGAAACCUCUGCAAACCUUGCGAUCAAUGGUGGAUCCGCAUUCGCAGCAUCUGUAUGGAUCAAUGAUCAGUUCAUCAGCAGUACGUCAGGUGGAUCUGAGACCAAUGCAAUCUACACAUUCCCCGAGGGUUCCAUCCAUGAAGGCGCAGACAACGUCAUCACAGUGAUACAGGACAACAUGGGAAAUGACGAAGAUAGCAACGAAAAGUCGCAGCGUGGGAUCACAGGCUUCAAAUUGAACACUGGAAACUUCUCAGUUUGGUCGGUUCAAGGUAAAGUUGGCGGAUACCUCGAAUAUCCGGACAAGGCCCGCGGCAUCCUAAAUGAGGGAGGUCUCUUUGGCGAGCGUGAGGGCUGGCAUCUUCCAGGGUUCGACACGUCGACUUGGACAAGCCGUUCGCUGUCUGACGGACUUCCUUCUGGAGGAGCCGGCGUUGGUUUCUUUGUCACGACUUUCGACUUAUCUAUCCCUAAAGGCAAAGAUGUCUUCGCGUCCUUCCAGUUUGACUCAAUAAACCAGCCCUAUCGUGCAAUUCUCUUCGUCAACGGAUGGCAUUUCGGAAAACGUGUCGCAAAUAUGGGACCUCAAACCAAGUUUCCCGUUCCACAGGGCAUUCUGGAUUACAAUGGCAAGAACACUGUUGCAAUUGUGCUAUGGGCUUUGGAGAACACAGCAGUUUCUCCUUCACUGGAUCUCAUUUUUGACAAUGUGCUUGAUGGAGGUGUUGGAUCCAUUGCAGUUAACAACCCACCUUGGAAGUCAAGGUUGACUAUUUGACUUCAUCAACAAUGCUCAGACUGUUGGUUGUGACUGCUGUUGUGAUUUUGAUAUUUAUACUUUCUGUCAACUGUAAAUGGAAAAGUGCCAUAUUUGCAGUGAAUCUGUUAUGAAAUAUCAAGCAAGUUUCAGGAAGAAGUCAAACACAGUAUUGGUGUUGUGCAAAGAAGAAUAUGUACAUGAAGCAGAGAUUCCUAGAGAUAUACAUAGCAUGCAGAAGAAUGAUAUUCAAAAAGAGACAGAUAACUAGAACUUGAAGUAUCAGAAACCCUAGCCUAUUAGGUUAGAGAAGAAAUACAAUUUCAGGAUAUGUUCUGAAGCUUUAUGUAAUCAGCAGCCAUCAAAGUAGCAUCAGAUGUAUUGUUGAUUCACUUAGAGGGAGACAACAUACAUUUGUGUACAUGAGAUAAAAGUGAAUAAUAAGCAUAUACAAGU